AUCCACGUGAUCUAGGCGUGCCACGUGACGUGGUGACGUCAGCAGUUCCUAUUUAGCCAUUACUACUACUCUACCCCCCUAUGGACGGUCCAGUUGAAUUAAGUGCCGGUGCCCGGGAAGGGGAGGAGCCAUGGAUAGUUGAACACCCGAAGUUUAAGGAGAUGAUGAUGCUGGAUGUGGCGGACAGCACACAGGUUUAUGCAGCGUUCCUAGUGUACAUGGAUCUUCUAGAAGUUAGGAACUGGAACACUCUGCAGAUUUUGAGCUCAUCAGAGCUUCGUAGCAUUUACCUAUGUGGGAAAGAGAAAGAAGACAGCAUGUCUCAAGUCAUAAUCCCCACUCCAGUCACCAUGUCAUGCAGCCAUGAGAGAAUUCAACAGUUUCUGAAAUUGAGCCACACAUCAGAAGAAGACCAAGGUCCUGCAUGUUCUGUCCUCUUAGCUGUUGUUGAAUCUGACUCAACAAUAGUGUAUUACAAAUUGACGGAUGGAUUUGUGGUACCAGAUCCCCCAGAUUUUGUUGAGGAUGUGGACCAUAAACGUUGGAAGAAAAAGAAAAUGAGGUUUCUGCGAUAACCGAAUGUUUAUUGCUCACUGCGGUAGGAGUGUGGACCUUCACUCACGGUUUACAUCUUCAGUCCAAUGUACACUGUAAAUAAGAUUUUAUAGGCUUUUCAUGUGGCUAGCACUCAAGAACAAGUCCAGGAGCAGCAAGUGAGACCAUACCAUUACAACAUACAUUCCAGUUAUACUGGGCGAAAACCAAGAAAUAUCAAGCUGUCAGAUGUUCAUUCCUGCUUUUGAGUGUUUCGGGCCCUAAAUCGUUGCCAUAACAGGUUGGCAUGGCUAGACAGCCUUCUAGAUAGGAAGUUUUUAUUACACUCUGAGUAACACAUCAAGACAAAUGUAGAGUCUUCUUUAAAUACCUUCUUUAUUAGAAUUUGGUAACAAAUAUUUCCUUUCCUUUAAUGUGUCACCUGCACCAAAUAAAGCUUCAGUUGUA